GGAAGAGCAAGUUAUUCUCUUUGGGAGCUCUAAUUUGCUUUUCUGUUUUCUUCUAGUUGAUUUUCCAUCGGUGGUUUUUAACUCUUAACAGCAAGCAUGAAGCAGAAAGAGAGGCAAGACAUGUCAGAACAUAAUCUUUUAAAGAAACAAAGAGAUAGAUCAGAAACUAGCUCUCAAUGUAGACACGCUAAUGUUGGCCGUGUUGGUGGCAUUAAAUCCGGAGAUAUGUCUAAUGAGACAAAUUCUUCGUCAAACGAUAUAGAGGCGUCAGAGAGUCUUACUAGUACCAUGAACAAGAUGUCUUUGACUAGGGAAACAGAGAUCUCUAGAGAUAUUAAAACUAGAAGCGCAAGAUCAAAAUCAAACCAUAAGCCAGAGGAGUGGAUGCUUCUUGAUAAAGAAUCAAACACACUAACUCAACUUAAUCUUGCCAUUGUUGGACAUGUUGAUUCCGGUAAAUCAACACUUUCAGGUAGAUUACUGCAUCUAUUGGGAAGAAUAUCUCAAAAGCAAAUGCACAAGUUUGAGAGAGAAGCAAAGUUGCAGGGCAAAGGCUCCUUUGCAUAUGCAUGGGCAUUAGAUGAGAGUGGUGAAGAGAGGGAAAGAGGAAUAACAAUGUCCGUGGCUAUUGCUUAUUUCAAUACCAAAAGACAUCAUGUUGUUUUGCUAGACUCUCCUGGACACAAAGAUUUUGUUCCCAACAUGAUAGCAGGUGCAACACAAGCAGACGCUGCGAUUCUCGUCGUAGAUGCAUCUAUUGGUGCUUUUGAAGCUGGUUUUGAUAAUUUGAAAGGUCAGACAAGGGAGCAUGCACGUGUUCUUAGAGGCUUUGGAGUGGAGCAAGUCAUAGUCGCAGUCAACAAAAUGGAUAUUGUUGGGUAUUCCAAGGAUAGGUUUGAUUUGAUUAAGCACCAUGUUGGAUCUUUUCUGCAGUCAUGUCGCUUUAAAGAAUCGUCUCUGACAUGGAUUCCUUUAAGUGUCAUGGAAAACCAAAACUUGGUUUCUGCUCCCUCUGAAAGCCUCCUAACAUCAUGGUACCAAGGUCCAUGUUUGUUGGAUGCAAUUGACUCUAUCAACUCUCCUGAUAGAGACGUCUCAAAGCCUCUGCUCAUGCCUAUAUGUGACGUUGUAAGAUCAAAUUCACAAGGGCAGGUAUCUGCAUGUGGCAAACUUGAAGCUGGAGCUGUUCGGCUUGGAUCCAAGAUAAUGGUAAUGCCAUCGGGAGAGCAAGGAACCGUGAGGUCUCUAGAGCGUGACUCUCAGGGUUGCACCAUUGCAAGAGCUGGAGAUAAUGUAGCAAUAGCUUUGCAAGGGAUUGAUGCAAAUCAAGUGAUGGCAGGAGGUGUGCUGUGUCAUCCUGAUUAUCCGGUUUCAGUAGCAACUCAUUUGGAGUUGACUGUGGUUGUCUUGGAAGGUGCAACACCGAUCUUACUCGGUUCUCAGUUGGAGUUUCAUGUCCACCAUGCAAAGGAAGUAGCAACAGUUGUGAAACUUGUGGCAAUGCUUGAUCCCAAAACAGGGGAGGCGACAAAGAAGUCUCCUCGUUGUCUAACUGCUAAACAAAGUGCAAUGCUUGAGGUGAGUCUUCAAUAUCCAGUUUGUGUGGAGACAUUUUCUGAAAGUAGAGCUCUUGGAAGAGUGUUUCUUAGAUCAUCAGGAAGAACAGUUGCAAUGGGCAAAGUUACUCGGAUCAUCCAAGACUAUUAAAAAUCUUCUGCUGUUGUAAAAUUUCGUUUGUUUCAUUAGAAAUUGAGAGUCAUCUCAUCUUUUGUCUCCAACACCAGGAAAUAUAUAUUCCUAAUAUUUGUUUAAUUUAUUUAAUUAAAUUUUAAUGUGUAAUUUUAUUAUCAUGAAACUUCCUAAAUUCGGUUUAAUUUUGUU